AACCAGACUCCCCACCCCAAAAUGUAGAGCUAAUAAGUGCAACUGCAACAGAAAUAAACCUGAGAUGGUUACCACCUGAGGAGCCUAAUGGUCUCAUAACUCACUAUGAAGUUCUGUACAGUGAUUCAAAUUAUUUAUUUAUCAAAAAUACCUCAUCUACAAGUAUAUCACUAGGUGAAAUGAAGCCGUUUACUCUCUACAACAUCUCUGUAAGGGCAUUCACCAGACUUGGCCAUGGGAAUCAGUCAUCUUUCCCACUUUUAGUGAGAACUUCUGAAACUGUUCCUGAUUCUGCACCAGAGAACAUAACCUACAGGAACAUCUCAUCCGUGGAAAUUGAAUUAUCUUUUUUCCCACCAUCCAUUCCCAAUGGAAUCGUACAGACCUACACAAUCUAUCUCAAGAGGACUAAUGGAACAGAGCAAAGAGUCAUAAACACUACUCUUCUGACACUGCAUAUUACAGAUUUAAAGAAAUAUACAGAAUAUACUAUAGAAGUGUCUGCUAGUACCACAAUGGGGGAGGGCCUUCGUAGUGCACCUCUGCAUAUACUGACAGAUGAAGACGCUCCGAGUUCUCCUCCAGAAGCCCUCUCUGUAAAACAGUUGUCGGGUGUCACUGUGAAGUUGUCAUGGCAACCUCCGCUGGAGCCAAAUGGAAUUAUCCUCUAUUACACAGUUUACGUCUGGAAUAAAAUGUCAAAAAGGAGUGUUAAUGUAACAGAAACAUCAUUGCAGUUCACAGACCUGGAAAACAACUAUGAGUAUAGUGCUUACCUAACAGCCAGUACAAGAUUUGGAGAUGGCAACAUAAAAAGUGAUACUAUAACAUUCAGAACUCCUGAAGGAGCACCAAGUGAUCCACCGAAAGAUGUUGUGUACAGAAACCUUACUUCCACAUCAAUAGUGCUAUUCUGGUCUCCUCCUCUAAAGCCUAAUGGAAAUAUCCGGUAUUACUCAGUUUAUUUCAAAAAUAGUUCUGGAAUAUUCAUACAGAAUUUCACAAGUUAUGGUAACGACAGCGAUGUCAGUGUGCCUCAAUCUGCAGUUCUGGGGGACUUGGCAAAAUACAGCCAUUAUACUUUAUGGUUAACUGCAAGCACAUCUUUUGGAGAUGGAAACAAAACCAGUGAAAUAAUAGACGUGUAUACAGAUCAGGACAUCCCAGAUGGUUCUGUUGAAAAUCUGGUCUAUCAAAACAUUUCCUCAUCUUCUGUAAAUGUAAGCUGGCUUCCACCAUCCCAGCCAAAUGGCUUAGUCUUCUUUCAUGUUUCUCUAAGUUUAUUGCACCUGGGAACCAGUAAGAUAUUGUCUUUCCUUACUUAUAACACAAGCAUCAUUUUUGACAAUCUGGAGAAAUACACUGAUUACAAUCUGAAAAUCACACCAGCCACUGAAAAAGGAUCUUCUGAACAGCAUUCUCUGAGUCUGCAUAUAAGAACUGAUGAAGAUGUCCCAGAAUCAGCACCUAUAAUCAAAACAUUUUCAAAUCUGUCAACUACCUCAGUUAUGCUUUCCUGGGAUCCUCCUGUUAAGCCAAGUGGUAUUAUAAUAAGUUAUGAUUUAAAUUUACUUGGGCCAGAAAGGAAUAACUCAUUCUCUACCACCAAUAAUUUUAUCAUCUUGGAAGACCUUCUGCCAUUCACAUUAUACAGCAUUUAUGCAGCCUCAAGAACAAUAAAAGGACCUGGUCCAUCAGCUGUGCUUCACUUCUACACAGAUGAGUCAGUGCCAUUAGCUCCACCUCAGAAUUUGACCAUUACCAACUACACUGCAGAUUCUGUGUGGCUAAAAUGGGAUCCAAGUCCUCAGCCAAAUGGUGUUAUUAUGUUAUAUAAUUUUAAGAUUUAUAAAAACAACACUGAAACACUAUUUUAUCAGAACAUUUCAGGUUCAAACCAUGAGGCAGUCCUUGUUGGAUUAGAACCAUUCAGCCCCUAUUUUAUCAGUGUCUCUGCAUUUACCAAGCUUGGAAAUGGCAAUCAGUUCAGUAAUGCUGUCCAGUUUACAACGAUGGAAUCAGUACCAGAUGCUGUCCAGAAUGUUCACUGUGUUGCAACGAGUUGGCAAUCGAUCCUAGUGCAGUGGGACCCUCCUGCUUCAUCCAAUGGUAUAAUAACUCAUUACAUCGUAACAGUUGAAGGAAAUUCUACAAAUUUUUCAUCUUAUGAGACUUCGCAUACUUUUAGAAAUCUGCUUUCGAAUAUUACUUAUCAAUUUAAAAUAAAAGCUGCAACAUCUGCUGGUGAUGGUGAAGAACAGAUUUGCAAUGCCAGUACACUUCCAGAAAAAGUUCCUAGUGCUCCCAGGGAUAUUGUUUUUUCCAAUGUGCAAUCAACAAGUGUGACCUUGAACUGGAGAUCACCGAAAUCCAUCCUUGGCUACUUUCAAAACUACAAGAUUACCACACAGCUACAGUCCAUCCGCUGCAGUGACUGGGAAACUAAGGAAUGUAUUGAAUAUGAGACGCAUCAAUAUUUAUAUGAAAAUGUGGUGGAUGACCGGAUAGAAGAGACAGUGUAUGGACUGAAAAAAUACAGGUGGUACAGAUUUACGGUUGCUGCCAGUACGAAUGUUGGUUAUGGCAGUUCUUCACCUUGGAUUUCUACGCAAACACUUCCUGGCUCUCCAGAUGGUCCUCCAGAAAAUGUGACUGUCUUAGCUACAUCUCCUCACAGUAUUAAUAUCAGCUGGAGUGAACCUGUCGUCAUUACUGGACCAACAUGCUACCUCAUAGACAUUACCUCAGUAGAUAAUGACAAUUAUAAAGCCCAAUUUCUGAAGACAAAUGAUGAGGGUAAAAUCUUGGAAAUUACUGAUUUAAAAGCAUUUACAAGGUAUUCUGUAGUAAUCAUUGCCUUUACAGGGGAUGUUAAUGCUGCACUCCUUGAAGGCAAAGCUAGUUCUCCAGUAAUUGUCUCCACAUUUGAAGCAGUGCCUGAAGACCCACCUAACAAUGUAACGUUUCAGAAGAUACCAGACGAAGUAACAAAAUUCCAAGUAACAUUUGUGCCACCAUCCGAACGAAAUGGAAAUAUUCAGGUGUAUCAAGCUAUGGUGUACAAUGAAGAUGACCCUGCUGCCGUCCAGAUACACAACCUUAGUGUCAUUGAUAAAACAGAUCAGUCAGUCACUGCCAUGAUAGAAGGACUGAAAGGAGGACAUACCUACAAUGUUAGCGUGUAUGCAAUUAAUGGUGCUGGUGCAGGGCCAAAAAUUCAAUUGAAAAUAACCAUGGAUAUCAAAGAACCACCACGGCCUAAAAAGAAACCAGCACCUGUUUAUGAUACCAAUGGGGCGUUACUCGUCACAGCUACAACGAUUACGAUCAGAAUGCCAAUAUGUUAUUACAGUGAUGAUCAUGGCCCUAUCAAGAAGAUACAAGUUCUUGUUGUAGAAGCCGGAGCUCAUCAUGAUGGGAAUGUUACUAAGUGGUAUGAUGCCUACUUCAACAGACCAAGGCCGUAUUUUACAAAUGAAGGCUUUCCAAACCCACCAUGUAUAGAAGGCAAAGAAGACCCGAGUGGCAAAGAAGAGAUAUAUGUCAUAGGUGCUGAUACUACAUGCAUGAUACCAGGCAGUCAAGACAAAAUAUGUAAUGGCCCACUGAAACCAAGAAAGCAGUACCUAUUUAAAUUCAGAGCAACUAAUGUUAAAGGACAAUUUACAGAUUCUGACUAUUCUGACCCUGUCAAAACGUUAGGUGAAGGACUAUCAGGAAGAUCUGUAGAAGUUAUCCUUGCUGUUACUUUGUGUAUACUUUCAGUUGUUCUUUUGGUGUCUGCAGUAUAUGCUUUUGCAAGGAUUCGGCAAAAGCAAAAGGAGGGAGGCACGUACUCCCCACGAGAUGCUGAAAUUAUUGACACUAAGUUCAAACUAGAUCAGUUGAUCACAAUGGCAGACCUGGAGCUGAAGGACGAGAGAUUUACACGAUACUCUUCAUUUUUCUUUAGACGCAAGGAGAUAUUUGUCAUCCAGUUACUUAGUUAUAGAAAAUCCAUCAAGCCAAUAAGCAAGAAAUCCUUCCUACAACAUGUCGAAGAGCUUUGCACAAACAACAACCUAAAGUUUCAGGAAGAAUUUUCGGAACUUCCCAAGUAUCUUGAAGACCUUGCUUCGACCGAUGCUGAUCUGCCAUGGAACAGGGCUAAGAAUCGUUUCCCAAACAUAAAGCCAUAUAAUAACAACAGAGUAAAGCUGAUGCCUGAUGCUGGUAUUCCUGGAUCUGACUACAUUAAUGCCAGCUAUGUGUCUGGUUAUUUAUGUCCAAACGAGUUUAUUGCAACUCAGGGACCAUUACCAGGAACAGUGGGUGAUUUCUGGAGGAUGGUAUGGGAGACAAGAGCUAAAACACUUGUGAUGCUUACACAGUGUUUUGAAAAAGGACGGAUAAGAUGUCAUCAGUACUGGCCAGAAGAUAAUAAACCCGUGACUGUGUUUGGGGAUAUAGUGAUUACUAAAUUGAUGGAGGAUAUUCAGAUAGACUGGACUAUCAGAGAUCUAAAAAUUGAAAGGCAUGGAGACUGCAUGAUGGUGCGGCAGUGUAAUUUCACUUCUUGGCCGGAACAUGGAGUCCCUGAAACUACUGCACCAAUCAUCCACUUUGUAAAACUUAUCCGCGCAAGUAGAGCACAUGAUAAUACUCCAAUGGUGGUUCACUGCAGUGCUGGUGUGGGAAGAACGGGAGUUUAUAUUGCACUUGACCAUUUAACUCAACAUGUAAAUGACCAUGAUUUUGUGGAUAUCUAUGGACUUGUAGCCGAGUUAAGAAGUGAAAGAAUGUGUAUGGUACAGAAUCUGGCACAAUAUAUAUUUCUGCAUCAAUGUGUGUUGGAUCUGUUGUCAAGCAAGGGUAAUAGUCAGCCCAUAUGUUUUGUAAAUUAUUCAGCACUGCAAAAGAUGGACUCUCUGGAUGCCAUGGAAGGUGACGUGGAGCUUGAAUGGGAAGAAACUACCAUGUAA